GUUUUGUUAACAAAUACUGCAAGGACCACGAUAAGUUUGCUGUGGGGCAUGUGUUUCUGGCAACCAUAGGUCGUGUGUUAAUAUAAUGGAAAUAGAAGAGGCUGUGAAAAACGCUGAUGUAAAAGAACAAAAAGAAGCUAACGAAUGUAUAGACAAAGUAAUAGCAAAGAUUAUAGUGGAACAAGAUGAAAGAGGGUUGCUUUUAUCAUCGAUCAAUCAGGAGGCAUCUGUCAUUCUAAAGGACAUAGAUAAGCACGAGGAAAGUAUCAUCAAAAGAAUUAAAGAUCUUGCAGAGGCGUCUCGAAAAGAAGUGGUUUCCAGACAUGCUAAAUUUGAAAAGCGUAUAAAGGCUGAUGUCAAGGAGUUAGAGUCGGUGUUGUCAGUAUCUGAGGAAGUUUCAAAAAUGUUAAAUAACUCUGACUUGAGUGCUACACAGGCAUUUGUCUGUGUGAGAAAAAGUAAAACGGUAGCUUCAAGCAUUUCAGAUACAUUGGACGAAAUGUCUAAAAGUCGCAGUCUUUCAAUUGAUUACUGCUUCAACAAUGAGCGAAUACAAAAGUUUGUGGGUAUGAAGUCGCUGGGUUACUUCGAAGAAACUGCAAAUAUACCGUAUAAGGCUAAAAAGCAAGGAAUGAUAAAUGUAAAGUUGGAAAAAGAUGGAGACUGCAUCAUUACUGAUAUUUGUUUACUUGAAAAUGAAUACAUUGUCAUUGCUGACUCGAAAAAUAAAAAACUUAAAAUGUUGAAUGGAAAUUAUGAGAUGAAAAAUAAUAUUGCAUUGGCGGGAAAUCCUUCCUCGUUGUGUAAUGUAGGGCCACUUGAAGUAGCAGUUGCUUUGAGGAAUGAGGGAAAGGUUCAGUUUGUAUCUUGCGAUGGUACAUUAUCUUUAGGAUUUUCAUUUAGUACUUCUCAAAGAUGUGCAGGACUGUACUUUGACACAAAACAUGACGAAUUGUACGUUUCCUGUGAUAGCUGGGGACGAUUUAGUACAUCCAAGGUAUGCGUGUUUACAAAAAGAGGUGUUCCCACCAGAACAUUUGAAAAAGAUGAGACUGGCAAUAUUUUAUUUCUUUACCCCAAGAAUAUCACUAUGGAGCCUAUUACAGACACAGUAUAUAUUGCAGAUGAACGGAAUGGAGUCAUAGCUUUAAACAGAAAUGGUAAACUUAAGUGGAAAUACCAAGACCCUAAAGUACGUGAUUUAGCAGGGAUAUGUAUGUUACCGGGAAACCAAGUGCUAGUUACAGGCUGUUCAUCCAAAAAUUUAGUUCAAGUUGGAGAUGACGGGAAGAAAAUACGUGAGCUACUUGGUGCUUCAGAAAAACUGCCUAUUCCAUAUACUGUGGUCUGUGAUAAAAGGAAUUCGAAAAUUAUAGUAGGAGGCGCUUCCAAUGAAAUACUCAUGUAUACAAUAUGGAGGGAGAAACACAUCUAAUGCAUAGUUUCAGAGUCAUGUCACGAACAUAUGGACGGACAAAGCGGCGACUAUAUGAUCUCCUUUCGGGGAGCAUAAAGUGAGUUUUAACGUUUAAGGAAAAGCUUACAGUUAAUUAGAAAACAUCAUAAUUGUGAAGUAUUUGCAGAAGCAUCUAUAUUCUUGUCCUCGUAACUUACCGAAAACCAAAUAUGAAAAUAAGUAGACGUAAAUGAUGCCAUA